GGGAGAUCGCGUCCACCGUGAUGAAGCUCCUCGAGGGCAAGAUCAUGGAGCCGCUCGUGGGCGAGAAAUUCCCGCUGGAGCGCUACGACGAUGCCAUCCGCAGGAGCCUCGCCAAGGCCUCCCCGGGCAAGAUCCUCUUGGUCAGCGAGUGAAAAUACGAAGAACCCUAAAAAUGGGAGCGAGGAAAGGGGUUUAGGGCUUUAGGACAAUGCAAUGCUGCAACGCGCGGGGCGGGCAGCGCCAUGGCGCCGCUGCUGGGUCGGCGCCAGUGCCGCGCCGCAUCGAUCGGCCUGGUCAGCGGCCGCCGCCGUGGAGGAGGAGCCGAGCAACAGAGCGCUCAUCGCCAGGGAGGUGAAUUCGCUCUUCCAGGACGUGGACCAGGAGAGGUUCCGGCAGGGCGUGGACGGGAUCUUCGUGGACGGUAAGUAUCGAUUGUUGAUGAGGAAUGUAGUAGCUACUCCCAGCAAUCUAAUGGCCGCUUACAAUUCUAUCAAGAAGCGCUCGGGGCCUCUCCUGGGAAACGAGGCCAAGCAAAUGGAGGCCGAUGGGAUUAGCCGGGAGGUGAUAGAGCACAUGUCCAGGGACUUGGCGAUUGGGACGUUUGACGUCAAGGCCAACUGCGUGGAGGUCCUCGUCUCUUCCAAGGAGAACUCCACUCGCUCGCUGGUUCUUCCCAAUCUCAAGACCAAGAUCGCCAUGGAGGCCACCCGGAUGGCGCUUCAGGAAGUUUACGAGCCGCGGUUCUCCAGCCUUUCGUUUGCUUCCAGGCCCGGAAGAGGGAGGCAUAUGGCUAUGAGGCUGAUCAAGUAUCGCUGGAAGUACUUUGACUGGUUCAUCAAGAUGAAGCUGGAGCGGCACUUCACGCUCGAGAACUUCGACGUGCUGGUGGCCAUCCUUGAGGAAACCAUCGAAGACAGCAGGCUCAUAGCUUUCCUCCGGCAGCUCUUCCGUGCCCGCGUCUUCCAGAUGGACAUGGGGAAUCUCCACUGGGAGGACUUCUGUAAGGAGCCCAUCCUCUCGCCGAUGCUUCUCAACAUCUACUUGGACAAGCUUGACUGGAAGAUCCAAGAGGUGGCGGAGGGGGUGGCAAGCAUGAACCCGGAGGAGCCUGAGGAAGUGAAAGUUGCGAGGGCCUCAGUCCCGGAUGCUGAUAUUGGAAUCACUGAAGAGUCAGCUCCCAACACGCCCGCCGAGGAGAGCGACGACCCGGCCGACCGCAAGAUCAGGCUGUAUGCAUGCCGCUAUGGCGACGAGGUGCUGCUGGCUGUGUCGGGCCAGAAGGAGAUUGCUCUCACGGUCCAGCACGAGCUGUGCGUAUACGUGAACGAGAAGCUGGUGGCGGAGGUGGAGCGGGGCCGGAAGACGCUGAUGGACGCCACCCUCAACCAGUGUGACUUCCUUGGCUUCCAGCUCCAGUUCGUUCCUCCCUCCAAGAUGCCCGAGUUCCGGAAGCAGACGUGCAUCCAGUCGAUGCGAGCGGUGGAGAACCGGAUCGAGAUGGUGAAGCGGCAGAUGAAGCACCACUACGAUGCGGUUGUUCGGAAGCUGGGCGCUGAGAUGCUUGUGGAGAUAUACACCCGCUCGAGGAAGAACGCGUCGUCGGAGAGCCAGGGCGACGCGACGGUCCGGCGUAUGUUCGAGAGCGUUGCGGGGGACAUGGUCCGGGGAUUCCUGAGCAGCGAGAGGGAGGAGGAGAGGCUGAUGAUCCGCGAGAAGUUCCGGAAAGGCCACAUACUGAUGAGCCCCUGGAUCCGCGAGCAGCUACCCAAGGAGCUCAUCGCGGCGUUCGACAGGUUCCAGGAAGAGGUGGACAAGUUCCUGGGCCAGCUCGACUACUCGGUGAGCGCUGAGGGGGGCGUCAACGCGAGGCUGAAGCAGAAGCAGGAGAAGAUGGAGCGGCUGGCAGCGGAGAAGGAGGCCCGAUCGACCGGAAACCCGCCACCGAUCAAGGUGAAGAAGGCGGACGAGCUGCGGCUGCUGGUGAUCAUGCCGAUCAUGGAACUGGUGGACAAGCUGCGGCUGCGAGAGAUCGUGACGAAAGGUGGGAGGCCGACGCACUUCCGGAUGCUGCUAGCGCAGGAGGACAUCGCCAUCCUGCACUGGUACUCGGGGCUGGCGUACCGCUGGCUCGACUACUACCGCUGCUGCGACAACUUCGCGUUUGUGAAGAAGACGGUCGACUACCACCUGCGCUGGUCGCUCAUCUUCUCGCUGGCCGCCAAGCACAAGUCGUCGAGCAGGAACAUCCGGAAGUCCUUCUCCAACGACAUCAAGGUGGUCGGGCUGGACGGCAACCUGGCCUCGUUCUUCCCCACCGAGUCGGACCUGCGCAACAUGGGGAAGAAGUUUUUGGUCCCGCCGCUGGUGAGCCACGAUACCAAGUGCGGGGACAAUCUCCUGUUCGUGGUGCUGACGAGAAUGAGCCGGCAGUUCCUGCGAGGCAAGUGUUGCUCGGUGAUCGGAUGCUACAGCGGGAUGAUCGACAUGUACCUGAUGCGCGUCCACAAGGUGCUCAAGAGGAUUCAGGUGUCGGGCGAGGAAUGGAUGGAGGUUGUCCGGGUGGGGACGCUCCACUCCGUCUACGACUGGAAGUCGUUCCCGCUGUGCUUCGAGCACUACUUGGAGAUGAUGGCGGGGAGGGUGUCGGUGGCGAGCCUCAGGGCGGAGGCGCUGGUGGCGCCGCAGGGAAUCACGCGCAGGAGGAAGCACUCGAGGAGGAUCCCGUUUGGGAUGCUCACGCCCCCGCUGGAUAAGUCGGCCGACUACGAGUAGCCUUAACUGUUCUAAGGUUUCAGAGUUUAGGGUUUAAGGAGGGACUUAACUGUUAAAUGUAUUAAUGGAAUUUUAAUUUUUUUUUAAA